CUACCUACGAGGAGGCUGCCAGAACCCAAGCAAAUAUCAUAUUCUUCACUCUCUUUAUCUCUCCCUUUGCUUUGCAUAAUGCGGACACUGGCAGUGUUUGUGUUGGUCUGGUCUGUGUGUGCAACAGCCAGCAGUGGAGCUGUGAGUUGCAAUGAGAAGGAAAAGCAAGCCCUUUUGGAUUUCAAGCAAGCUCUCUCCUCUGAUCCUCCAGGCGCUCUAUCUUCUUGGUCUCCCCAUGUUCACGACUCCGAUUGUUGCAAUUGGAGAGGUGUUCACUGCGACAACAUGACCGGUCGAAUCGUUGAAUUGCAUCUUUCCGAUCUAAAUUUAACAGGCAAUCUUACACCUCCGCUGUUAGAUCUGAAAUUUCUGAGUUAUUUGAACCUGAGUUACAACAAUAAUUUUGGAGGCUCUCCCAUUCCAAGUUUCUUAGGUUCUAUGACAAGUCUCGUGCAUCUGGAUCUCUUUGAAGCUGGAUUUAAGGGUUUGAUUCCUCAUCACCUUCGAAAUCUGUCCAACAUCCGUUACCUUGAUCUAGGAUAUAACGAUGGGCUAUAUGCAGACAAUCUCAAUUGGAUUGCUCAUCUUCGUGCUUUGGAAUAUCUUGACAUGAGUAAUGUCAACCUUAGCAGGGAAGUUAAUUGGCUUCGAGAGGAUCCCUACGAGCACUCAACUCCAAGGCUUUAGUGAAUCUGGAUUCAUGGGCAAUCCAGGACUUUGUGGAGCUCCUCUCAAGAUAAACUGCACCGAUCAACAAAACUAUCCAAAAAGAACAUUUGCAGUUCGUAAAAAUGUUAAAGAGUCUAAAAUAUUUUGGUUUUAUGUUAACAUGAUAUUUGGAUUCAUCAUUGGUUUUUGGGGAGUUUGCGGGACUCUUUUAUUGAAGAAAACUUGGAGACAUGCUUAUUUUCAGUUUAUCGAUGACAUGAAGAACUACAUAUAUGUCAUCAUAAUUCUAACAAUGAAUUGGAUGUGUAGAAAGGUUGGGAGGUGAACCAAUGGAGAUUGAAUGAUGUGAUCUUUUUUAGGGUAUUGCUUGAAGUCCUUUUGAUAAAAUUCUAGUAAAAAAUAAAAUAAAAAUACUCUUUAUUA